AUGCCGAGCGCGAGUGGAGAACGUUUGGACGUGUCGAACGACGCGUUGCAACGCUUGUCCACGUCGAGCUUCUCCACUGUCUCCGUAGACUCUGCUGAAAGGCUCUCUGCGGAGCAGUUCAAAGCCAUCAAGGAGCCGCUCGCUGCCAGGGCAAGAGUUGAGACUCGCGAAAUGUCGGGUGUUCCAAUACCCAAAACAAACAAAAGUCGUGCGAGCGCUGAAGGCACGUCCUUGGGUUCUUCGCUGCGGCGUGCGGCUUCGCGUCUGUUCCAGCCACUGCGGCGCAGUGAGUCGGGACGCAGUCUUUCGAGUCGCCUGAGAGGGCGAGAUUCAGUUGCCGAUUCUGCGGCUUCGCGGAGGCGACUGCUCCCUUUCUCGCAGGUUUACGCCCAUGGUGUCGUCGAGGAGCAGGGCCGGCGACCAACCAUGGAAGAUCGGUGUUGCACGCUAGUCAUUGGCGACGGGGCGGAUGCGAUCGGCAUAUUCGGCGUUUUCGAUGGCCACGGUGGAAAACUUGCAAGCAACUAUUGUCACGAUCAUUUUCUCGAGCGAUUACUGGCACAUGAUGCUUUUAUAACGGACACGGAACGAGCCCUCACUGAGACUUGUCAUCUUAUUGACCAGGAAAUUCUCGCGGAAUCCGUGCGGAAGCGGACGUACGCGGGUACAACCGUUGCACUUGCAGUACUGAAAGACGGGAAAAUAUACUGCUGCAAUGUUGGCGACUCGCGAACCGUGCUCUGCGCUGCAGGCGGUGUCGCGGUACCGCUCAGCGUGGACCACAGUCCCAUGGUGCCCCAGGAGGUACGCCGCAUCAAGGCCGCCGGCGGCUUUAUCAAUUCCCGCGGUGUCAACGGGUACAUAUCACUGACGAGGGCGCUCGGUGAUCUGGAUCUCAAGGCGCACGCUCGCCGACUCUUCCCACAUUUGGAUAUUACUGGAAAUCUUCUGAUUCCCGACCCGGAUAUCACAAUCCGUGAGCUUCAUCCUCAAGACGAGUUCCUUAUCGUAGCAUGUGAUGGGGUGUGGUGUCGCCUCACGAACGAGGAAGCUGUUCGAAUCACACGAGCGGCGCUACGUCGCUACGGCGGUGAUCCGCAAGCAGCGGCGACAACGCUGGUGCACGCCGCGCUUGCUGCCGGCUCCGGCGAUAACGUCACCGUCAUUGUGAUUGUCUUGUCGCGACCCGACCUCAUGCGCGACGUCACGGUGCACGGUGGAAGAGCGUUUCAGCACCUCAGCUCUAUGGCUCUGAACGAAACAACGUCCUCAUCUGCGUCGACCGGCGAGCAUGAUCCGGAAAUGCCCUCGCGAGAUUCGAGCCAAUCGAAUCUCUCACUGGCUUCCGAGGAUAAUUCUCUGUAUAAUGAACAAGAGGACGUUUCCGCAUAUACCACGGAACUGGGUCCUACUGGGCUCGGUGGGGAACCCGCGGAAGUCGUCCUUGGCGACGCACCCGAGGAGCAGUUGAACACCCUGUCCCUUGGGGAUCACAUGCGAGCCGCAAGCGCCGACGAUCAAGACCGCCAGCGCUCUACGUCGAAAUUCGGCCUGUUUCAGCGCAGACCUCGGUAG